AUUUUCUACAUUUUUACUGUACAUGUUUUUUUAUGAACUUUGGCAGCUGGUUUAGUUUUAACACGACACGAGCUGUUGACCGCAUACACACUUCAAUGCCUAAAGCGCGUUACUUCUUUCUGGACUGAGUGUAAAUCUCUCGUGUUUUUUUUGUACUUUAGUUUGUUUUAGACACAGUGAAUACAACAUUUCAUCCGUAUGUGUGUAAAUCAGUCAGAAAUAUUCCGUACAGCCUUGUAUAUCAAAACUAUUUAUUCUUAUUGUACGUGUGUUAAAGCCUUUCAACUUUAUUCCAUCUGAGUUGAAUCCGCCAUGCCGUUUUUGGAGUUUAUCGCCGGAUGGAUUUCAGGUGCUGUAGGUUUGGUUAUCGGAUACCCUUUAGACACAGUAAAGGUGCGACUUCAGACACAGUCUGUGUACAGUGGGAUUUUUGACUGUAUGGUCAGGACCUACAAACAUGAAGGGUUUGGUGGAUUUUUUAAGGGUAUGACAAUUCCGGUCCUCUCCAUCGCUGUCAGCAACGCCGUCAGCUUUGGUUCCUACUGUAAUGCUUUGGAUUAUCUCACCCAAUCACAUCGCAGCAUUCAGCCUCCGCUCACAGCCGUCUUCACGGCCGGGUGCUUCUCAGGUGUGACACAGUUGUUUGUGACAGCUCCGAUAGAUCUGGUGAAGGUGCGUCUGCAGAACCAGACAGACAGAGGGAAAUACAGAGGUCCCGUACACUGUUUAACGAUGAUCCUGAGAGAGGACGGACUCAAAGGCCUUUUCAGAGGAUUCUGGGCUCUCGCUUUACGUGACGUGCCGUGUUUUGGACUUUACUUCCUGCCGUACGAGUGGAUGUGCAGGAUGCUGAGCGAGAAAGGGAAACAGCCAGGUACGUUUGCAGUGUUAAUGGCGGGUGGAGUUGCUGGUGUGGUCACAUGGGCCUGUGCUACGCCCAUGGACGUGAUGAAGGCGCGUCUGCAGAUGUCAGGAGCCGGAGGUCGAGUGUAUGACAGCGUCCUGCACUGCAUCACAGUCAGCGUGCGUGAGGAGGGGAUGAGGGUCUUCUUCAGAGGACUUCUUCUGAACAGCGUGAGAGCGUUCCCCGUCAACGCCGUCACCUUCCUCAGCUUCGAGAUGAUCAUGAGAAACUUUUAAAUGAGUGUUUUUUUGCCGGAAAAGCAAAGGGUGGACUUUUGAAGACAAGCGGACAGUGCAAUAGCAACUAAACAAAAAACACUCCAGGUUUUGUCAGUUUUAAGAGUCAAACAUAUGUAAACUUGAGAUGGGUUAUUAUUCUGUUGUAGACUAUCAUGUUAUACCACAUUAUGUUAAGACCAGUAUGGAAUAAAAAGCAAACCUACAUUUAAUAUUUCCAUACUUUUUCUUAAACGUUCAACGGUUACAGAUUCUGUAGGGUGUAUGUGUAAAAUACACAAAGACUAUGAAGCACGUAACAUACUAAGAUUAGAAGUACUGAAUUACAAUUGACCUACCUUUAGUUGAAGAUGUAGGACAUAAACUAUAUCAAUAUUAUCAUUUUUUUAAACAGUUUUC